AUAGACUCAGAGGAAUUCUUCUCACAUGUGUUCGGUACAUCAGAGCGAUUAUUUGAACAUCAAUUUCAAUUGAGACUAACGGUCAGAAUGUGACGCAAAUUUUUCACUUAUGCAAAGUGUCCAACUCGUGCACCCCGAUGUUACUCAAGGCUCAUUGGCCAACGACAAUGAAGUUGUGCUAUUAGAAUGUCAUCCUUAGGUAAACAGAAUAGACCUUUUCAUAAUAGUCGUCACACAGGACGCACCCAAAUUCACAUAAACGAUCGUGUGUCUAAGAGCGUAACAGACAAGUGGAGCGAGCCAAGUAUGCCUAAUUGCGUUCUCUCGUUAUACGUUGGUAUAUAUAUACAUAUAUGUAUAUACACAUCUUACAUCGCCCAGUUUGGAGUUACUCCUUUCGUUUCCAACAUCCCAGUAGUGAAGAAGAAACUAUAAUGAGAGGUGCGUUGUUCGAAUUUGGUGGUGCCUGAUGGAAUGCAAUUCGAUGAAAAUGUUGUGGAUUGGAUUACUGACAACUUUUCAACUCUGGGGAUCAAUCGUCGCGCAACAACAGACAGAGAAUAUUCGCACAACAGAACAUCCGUACACAACAGACUUGUACUCGGUAUUUUUAACAGCGCUGAAGGAUUUGAGGGCAUGCAAGAGUUUGACGCUCUGCGAACUCGUGGAAAGGUUCAGAAUCCCUUUGCAAGAUUUCUCCAAGUUUUCAAGCAGUACCUCAGAAAGGCGAAAAGGAACUUACUACGACGAAGUAAAGCCAAGAAGCUACUACAACACUUACGGAGCUCCAGCUGCACCAGCUCACACAUAUGUACCAGCGUUUCUAGGAUUCGACCCCAUAAGCAUCCUGGCUUCACUGGCGUUUUUGGCAUUCUUGAUACAAUCCUUUGUUUCAUUAUUCGAUCGAUCAAGAUCCAUCAUUCCUACGAUUGUUAGCAGUCGGCAGUCACUGGAGGCUAGCAUCCAGGACAUUGCAGAGCGAGUGUUUCACGCUAUGGACCGUUAUGAGUUGUUCAAUGAAAAAACGUCUGAAGAAAAGCCGAGUGAAAAUACGGUGUGAAAAUUGAUUAAUCAAAUUCUUGAUUAUCGGUAAUGCAUAAUACAAUAAAUAAUUCCGAUUUGUAUAUUUAAUAUCAACACAAUCAGUUUAGGUUGAAAAAUUUGAAGCACAUCACCUAUGUAAAGCAAUUUUUAAUAAGACCGCUGAUGGAAUAAU